AUGUCCAAAAGGUGCAGGCUCCAGUUACAGCACUGCGCAACAGAAGAUGCCUAUUGUGCAACACACGUGGAACCACUCGAGCUGUUCUGUGACGAUGACCAAGUCACCAUGUGCAACCAGUGCCUCCUGUCCCAGGAACACAAGCAUCACACAGUCCUUGGUAUAGAGGCAGCUGCUGAAAAAUACAGGGAGUUAUUCCAAGAAAUGUUGGAGUCAUUAUGGCAAAAAGUUGAAGUCGCUGAAAGUAUAUUGGCUGAUGAGCAAGAGAGAAUGAUGAUGGUUCGGGAAGAGGAGCAGAAUUUUAAAGAGAUAAUUGAGUCUGAAUAUAGGAUGAGGUUCCGGCUGCUGAGAGAAGAGAAUGAGAUGAACUUUCUGAGCCCUCAAGGAUGCAAACUGGACUUGAGCUUGACAGAAGCUAAUCAGAAUUACCUGAUGAGAUUUGCUGCAGAGCUAGAGGAAAAUUUCCAGGAAAUGCUACAGAGACUGGACUUUUCGGGGAGAGAGAACAUGAAUAAACUGAAGGAGAGUGAAGAGAGGGUUUCUGAACAGCUCUGCAGCCUCCAAGAGCUCACCGCCCAGCUGGAGGAGAAAUGUGGGAGACCCGCCGCAGCCUUGCUCCAGAAUGCAAGAUGCUGUUUGGAAAGAAGUGAGUCACUACUUCUUCAGUGCCUCGUGCCUGCUCGUAUCACAGACCUGAGUUUAUGUCCAAUAAAAAGGAUGAGCAAAAUGCUAGCAGCGUACCAAAGACAUAUAACUUUGGAUCCUGAAACCGCUCAUUGUUGGCUGGUCCUUUCGGAAGACCUGAGAACUGUGAGAUUUGGAAGUAUCCAGCAGGAUGUGCCUGGAAACCCGAGGAGCUUUGACUUCAGUGCCUCCGUGUUGGGCGUGGAACGCUUCUGCUCAGGAAGGCACUAUUGGGAAGUAGCUGUGGACCAGGCAGCACAGUGGCAGCUGGGUGUGUCCAGGGACUCUGCAGACAACAAGGACAACACGCUCAGAGCUUCUCCAGAUAAAUUCCUACUCAUAGGAUCCAUGAUGGGGACUGAUUAUACUUUCUGGGUCUUUCCCCCUUUCAAAAAGGUCUGCUUACAAAAGAAAAUGCGAAAAGUUGGAGUUUUCUUAGGCUAUGAGUAUGGUCAUAUAUCAUUCUACAACGUGACAGAGAGAUCCCUCAUUUAUAAUUUCUCUCAUCUCAGCUUCCAAGGAGCCCUUAGGCCUCUAUUUUCUCUUUGUAUUCCAAAUGGAAACAUGAAUUCAGACUCUCUUACUGUCUGUCUCCCUCGUGCUCCUUCCUAA